GUAACCUGUCGUUUCAAAAGGCGAUUUCGACGGUCAUCAAAUACCUCCACCACACGCUUACUCUCACUACUGUAAAAAACCAAAAACAGAUUAAUCUCUCUCUCUCUCUCUCUCUCUCUCUCUCUCUCUAAACGAGUUUUUUUGUUAGAAAUGGCGGAAACAAAACCGGCAAAGAGGAAACCUGUAUUCAAGAAGGUUGAUCAGCUGAAACCGGACACCAAGGGGCACACCUUGGUUGUGAAGGUUGUUAGUGUGAAGAUGGUAUUGCAGAAGGCCCGUCCUGAUGGAAUCCGAGUUCGUCAGAUGAGGAUCGCCGAAUGCUUGGUCGGAGAUGAAACCGGAACCAUCGUUUUCACUGCCAGAAAUGACCAAGUUGAUUUGAUGACAACUGGUGCCACGGUGAUUCUGCGCAACGCGAAAAUAGACAUGUUCAAGGGUUCUAUGAGGCUUGCUGUGGACAAAUGGGGUCGAGUUGAAGUAACCGAACCCGCCAGCUUCUCUGUUAAGGAAGAUAACAACUUGUCACUGGUGGAAUAUGAGCUGAUUAAUGUUAAUGAACUGGCUAAUCCUGGUGCCAGUCAAGUGGUUUGUUGAAAAGCGACCUUCGCUAGCGUGUUUCACAUCCCUGCUCAGUUCUUAGAAACGGGUUUCAAUCAGUAUAAAGAUAUGUAGUUUUUCUCAGUGCCUGCCUAAGAAAAUUUCUUGUUUAGCAGAUGUCGCGGAGCUAUUUCUACGGGAGUCUACUUGUACGAGGGGCGCCAUUGCAACUCUGGCCUGCUGCACAGCCGGUAACUCCAGUCAAAUAGUGUGUAAAAGGAACUUGCUUGCUUUUCUUUGAUUUGUAUUAGGCUAUGAGCUGUUGCUGUAAUGAGAUUAUCAUAUUGUAUGCAAGUGGAGUUUCUGCCCUA